AUGGAUGAGGGUGAGGAACUUGCACAGACUUCGACAACAGUCACAGGAGUGUACCUGCUCUACCUUUACAAUUUACUGAGGGAUCCAAGAAGCAAGUCAAAGCAACUCCUACAAACUAACUUGAAAGGACUUUGCUCCUUGGCUGCAGAUGGGGUCUGCAGGCAGAAAAUCCUGUUCGAAGCAGAGGAGCUGAAGAAGCACGGCUUAGACACAUCUGACUCCCUCUUUCUGAACGAGAACCUCUUUCACAAAAGCACUGACUGUGAAUGUCUCUACAGCUUCAUCCACUUGUCUUUUCAAGAGUUUUUUGCAGCUUUGUUUUAUGCUCUGGAAGAGGAAGCGGCGGCAGUAGACAAAGGCUCAGGAAAUGACAUAAAAGCUUUGGCAGCUUUGUUAGCCAACUCUGGGCAAGAGGAGUUCAAGCGGGAGGUUCGGGAGGACCCCAGCUUGGAGGGACUCCGGCAGAUGGCUCAGGAGCAAGAGACUGAGUUCACUCCGGACAAGAGGGAACAGGUGGUCUGGGAUAAGGGGCUUCUCUAUCGGUUGUGGGUGCCGAAGAACCAUGCUGAGACCUGGGAGCCCCAGCGCCAGCUCAUAAAUGUGACGAACUAUUGCAAAAAUUGCGAAACAUGCCAGCGGACGGGCAAAAGCGGGGACAAGAGAAGGGCUCCCCUGCAGCCCCUCCCCAUCAUCGACCAACCCUUCCACAGGGUGGCCGUGGACAUUGUGGGACCGCUGAAGCAUAGGACUCGUAGGGGAAAGAAAUACAUACUGACUCUAGUGGAUUACGCAACGCGGUUGCGGCGUUGCCGUCUCACACCCGCCUGCUGUGGGGAUCUCGCCGCUGCUCUCAGCACCAGCCCCAGCCUGACGGAGCUGGACCUGGGUGGUAAUGAGGAUCUGGGGGCUGGCGGCGUGCGGCUGCUGUGCGAGGGACUGCGACAUCCCAGCUGCAAGUUGCAGACGCUGCGGUUGUGGCGUUGCCGUCUCACACCCGCCUGCUGUGGGGAUCUCGCCGCUGCUCUCAGCACCAGCCCCAGCCUGACGGAGCUGGACCUGGGUGGUAAUGAGGAUCUGGGGGCUGGCGGCGUGCGGCUGCUGUGCGAGGGACUGCGACAUCCCAGCUGCAAGGUGCAGACACUGCGGUAA